AUGGCCUACAUCGUGCCCAUUCACCGGGCGAGUGGCAUUCGCCAUGCGGUGAAGCUGAAUUUCAUGAAUGCCGAGGAGGACUGUCUGGUCGUAGCAAAAGCUAACCGCCUCGAGUUUUACACACUCACCCCCGAUGGCCUGACACUGGCCCAGACCCGCGCCGUGUACGCGCAGGUUACCAUGCUCGCACGACUCCCGGCGCCGGCUAACUCGAUGACCGACCACCUCUUCGUCGGCACGGACCAAUACAACUACUUCACACUUGUCUGGGAUCCCGAGAAACGGAAAGCCCGCACAGCCCGUAGCUAUGUCGAUGUCGCCGAGCCCUCGGCCCGCGAAUCACAGACCGACCCGCGGUGUCUGGUCGAUCCUAGCGGACGAUUCAUGACGUUGGAGAUCUACGAGGGCGUGAUCGUGGUGAUUCCCAUCGUCGAGCCUACAAAACGGAAAGGACGGGCCUCACAUGCGGCGCUACAGGCUGAUGCACCUCAGGUUGGAGAACUUGGUGAGCCGACGGCAUCACGGAUUGACGAGUUGUUUGUACGGUCAUCGGCGUUUCUACAUUCCGGAUCUAAUCAGCCGUGGUUGGCACUGCUGUAUGAGGAUAAUCAAAAGAAAGUUCGACUACGGAUUCGAGAGCUCGAGUAUAGUCGGGCGACGUCGAGUGGACCGGCAGAUGCGACGUUUAAAGAGGUCCAGGAGAAGAAGCUGGAUGGUGGUGUCUUUGCACAUGAGCUAGACAUGGGGUCUACGCAUUUAAUUCCGAUUCCGGCUCCAUUGGGUGGUCUCAUUGUCCUGGGAGAGAGGUCGAUCAAAUACAUCGACGAUAAUGCGAAUGACAUGAUCUCGCGCGAGCUCGAAGAAGCAACCAUCUUUGUGGCCUGGGAGAAGGUCGAUAGUCAACGGUGGUUGCUCGCUGACGACUACGGGCGGUUGUUCUUCCUGAUGUUCGUGCUGAACAACGAAGGUAACGUUGAGGACUGGAAACUGGAUUACUUAGGAACUACCUCUCGGGCUACCAAGCUGGUAUACCUCGGCGGAGGAAUCCUGUUCGUUGGUUCGCAACAGGGUGAUUCUCAGGUUCUUCGCAUUGGCGAUGGCUCGUUCGAGGUCAUCCAGACUUUGUCCAAUAUUGCGCCUAUUUUGGACUUUACCUUGAUGGACCUGGGCAACCGUACGAGUGAAGUCCAGACGCAUGAGUUUUCAACAGGACAAGCUCGGAUUGUCACUGGAUCGGGUGCGUUUGAUGAUGGAUCUUUGCGAAGCGUGCGGAGUGGCGUGGGCAUGGAGGAGCUGGGUGUUCUCGGCGAAAUGGAUCACAUCACGGAUCUAUGGGGCCUUCAAGUGCAGAGCUCCGGGGACUUCCUCGAUACGCUGCUGGUCACAUUCGUUGAUGAAACACGAGUAUUCCGCUUUAGCGCGGAGGGAGAAGUUGAAGAGCUCGAGGAAUUCCUCGGAUUGUCCCUGGUGGAAAGUACACUGCUUGCCGCCAAUUUGCCAGGAGGUCGGAUCCUUCAGGUCACCGAAAAGAGAGUUGUCAUUGCUGAUCUUGAGGGCGGCAUGGUCACUUUCGAAUGGAUACCUCCAACCCAGAAGGCGAUUACUGCAGCCUCUGCUAAUGAUGAGCGCCUGGUGCUGGUCAUUGGUGGUCAGGUCCUGGCAACCUUUGAUAUCCAGAAUGAUGCCCAGUUGAUCACGCAAAAGGAUAUGGGUGCAGACCAGCAGAUCUCUGGCGUGACAGUCCCGUCCAACCCAGCGGGUAUCUGCAUUGCUGGAUUCCCCCAAUCCGCCAAGGUCUCCAUCUUAGCCAUCAACGAUCUGUCUGAGCUACGGAGCCAGUCACUGGGCACGACAGGGGAGGCAUUCCCCCGUUCUGUCCUGGUAGCGGAUGUCCUGGCUGAUAGUCCACCUACCCUUUUCAUUUCCAUGGCCGACGGCAGCGUGAUUACGUUCACACUGGACCCGCAAACAUAUGCACUGACCGACAUGAUGAAGUUGAUCCUAGGAUCAGAACAGCCAACCUUCAAGAGACUCCCUAGAGGUGACGGCCUAUACAACGUCUUCGCCACCUGCGAGAACCCAAGUCUAAUCUAUGGCUCCGAAGGACGGAUUAUUUACUCUGCCGUCAACUCCGAGGGCGCAUCACGAAUCUGCCAUCUAAACACGGAGGCAUUCCCCGAAUCCAUUGCCGUAGCCACAGCACGGGAGCUGAAGAUCGCAAUCGUGGACAAGGAACGCACGACACAAAUCCAAACACUACCAAUGGGCUCGACCGUGCGCCGCGUGGCCUAUUCACCAUCCGAAAAGGCAUUCGGUCUCGGCACGAUCGACCGCAAACUGGAAGAUGGGGUGGAGAUCGUGAAGAGUCAUUUCGUUCUCGCUGACGAGAUCUUGUUCCGUCGCCUGGAUGCCAUUGAGCUUAACCCCGAAGAAAUAGUGGAGAGCGUCAUCCGCGCCGAGUUCCCGGCUGGCGAGGAUGAAAAUGGAAAAGAGCUCAAGAAGGACCGUUGGAUCGUCGGUACGGCGUACCUGAACGAGGAACGGGAGGGGACAAUCCGCGGGCGGAUCCUGGUACUGGAAGUUGAUCACGGCCGCAAAUUGACCAAGGUCGGCGAGUUGGGUGUUAGGGGUGCUUGCCGAGCAUUAGCGAUGAUGGGUGACCGAAUUGUUGCAGCAUUGGUCAAGACUGUUGUCGUCUACAAGGUGACCAACAACAAUUUCAGCUCCAUGAGGAUCGAAAAGACUGCUACUUACCGCACGUCAACGGCACCCGUCGAUAUAACCGUCGUCGAUGAUCUAGUCGUAAUUGCCGACUUGAUGAAGAGCGUCUGUAUCGUCCAAUAUGUCAAAGGAGAAAAUGGCGCCCACGAUACACUUGAAGAAAUCGGUCGACAUUACCAGACUGUCUGGACCACGGCUGUUUCCUCCAUCGAUCAAGACAUGCUUCUGGUCAGCGAGGCCGAGGGCAACCUCAUCGUGCUCUCCCGCAACCAGGGUGGUGUCACAGAACAGGACAAGCGCCGUCUCGUCCCGACGAGUGAAGUCCGACUAGGUGAAAUGGUCAACCGAAUCCGUCCCAUUAACAUCCAGCAACUCGCCAGUCUGACAGUAACACCGCGGGCUUUCCUCGCAACGGUUGACGGCUCUAUUUAUCUCUUCGCACUAAUCAACCCCGACCACAACGACUUCCUCAUCACCCUUCAAAGCGUAAUCGCCAGCAAAGUGGAUUCCCUAGGUGAUUUGCCCUUCGACAAAUUCCGCGCUUUCCGAACUCUCACACGUUCCGCGGACGCUCCAUACCGCUUCGUGGACGGUGAACUGAUCGAGCAAUUCCUCGAUUGCGAGGCUGCUCUGCAAGAGGAGAUUGUUGCCGAAGUGGGCUCGAGGGAUGUUAUGGAGGUGAAGGGGAUUAUUGAAGCGUUGAGACGGUUGCAUUGA